CCUCCACUCCCACCUGGUGCAUCCGCUCAGCGUGAGAGUACCAGGGCAGCACUAGACCAGCGCCGGCACCAGCGGUCCGGCACCAGCACUAGGUUGAGCACCAGCACAAGCACGCUUCGCCCGCCUUCCUCCGACCAACAGUCUGCCACCUUCACACCGUGAGAACCUGAGCCACAGAAUCGCCCCGGCCCUCCUUAGCAAGGCGCUGAAGAAGCCGGCCAGCAUCUGACCUCAGCUCCUUCCUCCCUUUGCUUCACCACAUCGACUCCCUUCCUCCGACAUCCUGCGACACCAUCAACCCGUCGCCCGCCUUCCGCCAAGACCCACGAAUCGCAUCGCCGAGGCUCUCUCUCCGCCAGCCCAGAUACGAUCCCGCUGUCACAAUGGCCGCACCUCUGCCGAGGGCCAAAGAUCCCCUCGAUGCCCUCCAGCUCCUCGUCAACGACGUGCUCGUACAAACCGGCAAGGCUCUACGUGCAUCGCGCCGGGACAGCCAAGGCAAUGUCGGCCUGGCUCACCCGUCGGCCCAGGCAAAGCUUCCCGACACUAUAAAGGCCUUUCACGCGGCGCUAGAUGAUCUCGAAAACGACAUUAUUCGAGCAAAGAGCGUCCUCCUGCGCGAUCUCGACGAACUCAAGGCGCAAAAGACCCGCAACAAUGGCCUUGCCGAGCCGCGGCCUAUCGAAUCACAGUCCAAGCCUCCCAUGGCCAUCGACCUAGACUCGUCGCCACCGUCCGCGCCCAACGACCAGUCCGUCAAAGCCCCAGUCGCAGACAUGGGCAUGAGCCUCGGCGAGGGCCUCGAUCCAGACAGUGCUACCAAAGAAGGGGCAACACCGGCUGCGCAAAUCUCGCCUGCUGCCAUCAAUCAGGAGCAGGUCAAUCAAGAAAGCGACACCGGCUCAGGCGUGCCGCCGGGAGAGUCAGCGUUGAUGGACAGCCAUGUGAACGGCGCAGACAUGAUGGGCUCCAAUUCAGGAUUGAAUUUCACAAACAUGGAAUUCACUCUGGCACCGAACAACGACUCGCAGGAACAGAAUGGCGGAGAUAUCUCCAACAUGAACGCUGCGGGGCCUACGUUUGAUCUUACCUCCUUCGCUCGCACUGACGGGGCUGAUGGCAAUAACAUGGCGUCGCUGGACAACAUGGUACCUGCCGACCUCGGCGGCCAAUCUGGAGCAUCCAUGCACGAGGGCAAAGGAAGCGAUGCAAAACUCAGCACUGAAGCGCCGGAUGCAGCAUACGCAGACAUCUUUGCCGGCGAUGGACAGACUGACGGCAUGGACUUCGACUUCAGCAUCGACGGUGGCAUGGGUGGCGACACAUUUGAUGACAUGAUGAACGACCGGGACAAUACCUAUGAUCCCAUGGAGCACGGUGACUUUGACACGAAUUUCUUUGGCCUCAGCAAGACCGACGACGUAUGAGCGCAAUUCGCAGGACACACACCGGCCGCUUGCUGGAAAGCCCGUCGUCGAUGAGGAACAUGCACUGUACUAUUACGAACGCACUCAUAUACCCCCAAAGGAACAUGUUGAAGGGGUUUACCGGCGAAGGAAUGGGUACGGAAUGGUUUUGUUUUCUCCCUUUGUAACCUGCGGGCUGUGAUUUUUCAAAUGCCCGUUUGCUUCCCGCAAACCCUGCUAGGCACACGGAACUGGAUGGCGCAAAGUAUGACUGGCUUCAUGCAUAGGAUAGCCGUUACCUGGCACUUGGGGCAAUUUUUAACAGCAUUUAGUAAUGUGAGUUGUAUGUACUGUGCGG